AUGGCGGAGACGGGCUCGACGGAGUCUAAGGCCCAGCCUCAGGUCAACCUUGAUGGCCUUGGAAUCUUCUGGAUAGCAUUUGCCCUCUCCUGGACCUUUAUUGUUGCGGGCGGCAUGAUAUUUCUAUGGCGUCGUCGUGACAUGCCUAUCCUGAGGAUACGAGGUCUACCGCUAUCAUUCCUUGCUAUCGCCUUGCUCCAUCUCUACUGGGGCACUGUCCAGGCCGGUUAUUUUUAUUUUCCUCUCACCUCACCCCAGGUUGAGUACUGGAUAAUCAGCAUCUACCUCCCCUGUGGUAUCGCUCUGUUCCACGUCUCUAAUUCCCGAUUUCUCGUUAUUGCUGAAGCCCAGAAGGAACUCCUCACUUCAGAUGCUGCCUCGAUUCGGAGCAAGGGUGGGAACACGAGUUCCCUCAUUUCCCACUUCCGGCCUCUCGACUAUACUAGAAAGAUUCUACUCCUUGUGGGCGCAGGCAUGGGUUUUCAGGUUUUGCUUACGCUCUUUAUGUACCUCAUUUCGCGAAAGUUCCAUCCCUCUUUCGGCAUUCUUGGCACUGAGAUUUCUGGAACUGAAGACGUUCAGAAUCUUCAUGCAACCCCUAUGUGGCUUAUUGCUCUAUAUCUCCCUGCUAUGUCGUCGAUUAAUCACAUCUGGGUUCCGCCUCAAUGGAUUGCCAUCUCUAUCAUGGUGCUCGAGAUCUUCACUAUUUUCCUACCCUGCUGGGAGGUUAUUAGAUACCAGACUCUGCGCCAAGAACAUCUUAACUCGAUCGUUCAAUGGCAACUGAAAGAGGCAAGCUCAUCACUAAGUGCAUGGCCCAAGGAUGGCCCUACCAAGAGCAACUCCAGCGAGAUUAUCCUCACUAUGGAAGCUCUCGAGUGCGUUCUCUGGCGAAAUCCGGGGCCACUCCAGCAGUUCUCUGCCCUCCGGGAUCUCUCUGGGGAGAAUAUUGCCUUCCUAGGAGCCGUCGCUGACUGGAAGACUUCGUUUCCUCCGGCGCUUCGUAACUCGGAUGAGUUCAAAAUUAACGAGGUUCAAAAACUUAUCUGCGAACAAUUUAACAGCGCUGUCCAAAUCUACUCCGACUUUAUUAGCUCCCGCUCUGCCAAGUUUCAAGUCCACCUUUCCUCACAAGAUCUCAACAGGCUCCAGCUUAUUUUCGAGCCGUCCGCCCGCACUCUCUGUGGUAAUAAGCACAGUGUUGAUCCCGCUACACCCGCUGACUCCUUCGCCAUGACCACCAAGCCCAAGACGUCUUCCGCAUCAGCUCACGGUUCUCAGCCCGGUAUCAUGACCAGGUCGAUCAACGAGACGGACGGAAUGGAAGACAAGACCGUCUGCUGGGAUGACGUCCCCAACGGCUUUGAUGCCAGCAUUUUUGAUAACGCUGAAGCAAGUAUCAAGUACUUUGUCUGGACCAACACUUGGCCAAAGUUUGUUAAGCAACGACGGUUCUUGAUCAACUCGAACGAUAACAUUGAGUCAGGAAAUGCCGUUGCUCUACCCGUUGAGCAUGGCUAUGAGUUUAGGGGGUCUUGGUGA